AUGGAAGAAGAUCACAGCAGUAGCAGUCAUGGACAUAAUAGAAACCGCAGCAGCACUGCUGGUAGUGGCAAGAGGGGAAGGGCGACCAAGGACGGCGCGCGGUACCGCGGGGUUCGGUGCCGGCCCUGGGGGCGGUACGCCGCGGAGAUUCGCGACCCGCAGUCGAAGGAGCGGCGAUGGCUCGGCACCUUCGACACCGCCGAGCAGGCCGCCUACGCCUACGACGUCGCCGCCCGCGCGAUGCGGGGGCCCAAGGCACGGACGAACUUCUACUAUCCUCCAACCACCGCCGCGCGACCACGGGCCGCCGCGGUUGGUUGUGUACUCCGCUGCCCCGACGUUCCCCACCUGCACUCGCCCAUCGACCCUCUUCUCCUUCGCAGCCUCAUCAGCCACUCUUCAUCUUCUUUGCACCACAAACCACCUUGUUGUCCUUGUCGUUCUUCUCUCUCGAGCUGCUCUGCUCCUCCUCCUCCUGUGACCGACCCUCCUACUUGUGGCGCCGCUGGUCUUUGUGGAAUUGCCUCCCAUCCUGAUUCCAUUAAUGCGUCCUUUACGGCUGCUUCUUCGUCAGACCAGUCCAUACUGGUUCAGUCUUCUUCCGUGGCGGAAGUCCCCAACCAAUUCGCCGACGACUGCGACUUCUUCCGCAAAGAGCCACCCGAAUCCGGGCUCCUGCAGGAGAUCGUAAAUGGCUUCUGCUCUCACCAACAAAGCAUGCAUAACAGGAGCCAUCAGAUGCCAUCGAAGCAAGAGGAGAAGAUGUUUGAUUCCGAUACCUUCCCGACGGUCCCUCAGGGCCUCUUGGAGGACGUCUUCGGUGUGUUCUCUGCUAAGUUACACAAAGCAGCUUAA